GUAGAAAGGUUAUUAUCCGUUAAUGUCAACAAAGAGAUGAACUUCAGUGUCAUCAUUUCUAACAAUGCGUCAAUUUUGACAAUUGAGGAUGAACACAUUGCAUUUAAUGAGAAGGAAACACAAAGACAAAUAACCUACGAAAACAUCUUAACUAUAGAGAACGCUAGUGGUGACAGGAGAACAUCAAGACUUUAUUACAUACAAGAUCAUCCAUUCCCUAAUCAUAGAUUAACCAAAGAAUAUGUCGAAUUUGAUGCAGAUGAGGGCACAUAUGUACAGCUUCAAAAAACCAUAUUAGAAAACAUUAAAAUAGCAACUGCGAGGCCAAGGAAAUUAGCCGUGUUUGUUAACCCUAUUGGCGGGCAAAGAAGAGGUAAACAGAUAUGUGAUGAAAUAGUGGUGCCCAUUUUCACACUAGCAGGGAUAGAGGUAGAUGUUACAGUGUCUGAAAAAUCUGGACAUGGAAAAGAGUUUGCAGAAACAUACGAUUUCAAAUCUGUUGAUGGGUUAGUCAUACUUGGCGGAGAUGGCACUGUAUCGGAAAUAUUCAAUGCUUUAAUGAGGAAAACCCAGAGCGAUGCUGGUGUAGAUUUAAAUGACCAUAACACCACAUUAGAAAAGAUGGAAUUGCCUAUUGGCAUAAUACCUGCAGGCACAGGUAACGGUUUGGUUGGCAUUCUUCAUGGAUGUAAAGAUGUAAUGACAUCUACAUUACAAAUUGUCAAAGGUAGGAAAAAAUGCUGUAAUGUUACUGGGAAUUAUAACGACGGAGAUCUGAUUGGUUAUGGGGUAUUUAUAGCUGCAUACGGAUUAUUUGUGGACUUGGCUGAUGACGUACACAGGUUUCGUUGGAUGAAAAUAUUUAGGAUCAUAGCCGUUCCUUUCUACUACAUGUUUCUAAAGCGCCUGAGAGAGAUCAAUGUAGACAUCAAAUAUGAUUUUUUAGAUGGAAUACUGCAUCAUUUAAAAGCAGACUGUCAAGUUAAACAAAAGAAACGAUUAAUUAAUUUAAUGGCAUUGACCUAUGACCUAGACUUUGAAGAUUAUCCUAAAGAUGAACAGCCAGAGAAGAAAGACCAGUUUGAUUUACUUGACUAUACACCAUGUUCACGCUUUGAUUUGAUAAAACAUUUCUAUAAUCUGGUACAUUUGACCAAAGAACAUCUUGACAGCGUUAGUUUUAUUACCCACAACAAGGUCACAGCUUUUAACCUUGAAGUCACAGAGGACAAUAAUCCAUCUGAACAAGAGCAAAAUCUUCGAUAUAAUAUUGAUGGUGAAAUUUAUAAUAUAAAAACACCAAACCUUUACGUUAAAUUACAUCCAAGAUGUUAUACCGUCUACAGCUCGUAUACAGGAUCACUGCGAUGGACGUAAUAAAACAUGUUAAAUCAGCCACGAAAUGAGUCAUGUGACACACAUCCACCUACGCUGGAUACAUGGAAUUGUAUACAUUACCAAGUAUAGUAUUGAUGUAGUGACGGAUCUUAGCGUUUGCCUUAGAAGUCCAAGAAACAAUAAAUUCAUCAAUCAUAUUUUUACUUAUUACAAGAUUUUGUAGAAAUUUAUUUUCUAUUACGCAUAUGAUUUAUGUAAUAUGACAUAGAUUUUGUUUAACUUACAAUUAUUAGAUAGACUCGCUAUGAUGUAAUCUUGUAUCAAACUAGACUAUUUAGAUUUAGUUCCUAGUGAGUAUAGGGUCAGAUACUUAUAACUGGUGUAAAAUAAAAUCAAACAUUCAAAUAUUAAAAAUGAAAAAUCUAAA